AUGAACUUCCAGGACCCACCAACACUCCAGCACUUGGCAGUCCAGGGCCUGCUGAAGGACGAGGUCUUGGCCAUCUCUGCUCUGCGGCAUCUGCCUAGGCUGCUGUUCUUACCACCGUUCAAGGAAGCCUUCACUGGCAGAUUUCUGAAGACCCUGAAGGCAAUGGUGGCAGCCUGGCCCUACCCCUGGCUCCCUGUGGGAUCGCUGAUGAAGACCCCCGAUUUGGAGAUCUUGAAGGCUGUGUUAGAUGGCCUGGAUAUGCUGCUCAUACAGGUUUGGCCCAGGUCAUGCACCAUAGCUUUUGGAAUGAAUGAAUGGGCUGGAGCUGAAGAUCUUGGCUGCUCACCACAGUUAGUAAGGAAAGAGCAAAAACUGGAGGAUAUUCCAAGACCAGAGGUGAGGCAGCCCUUGAAGAUAAUAGUAGACCUUUGCCUCAAGUUGCACAAACUUGAUGGAUAUCAUACCCACUUAUUGCAGUGGGCCAAGCCAAGGAAGAGUUCCCUGCAGCUCUGCUGCAGGAGGUUGCAGAUUGGGUUCUCCAAACUCAAUUGUCUCCAGCAUCUCUACAUGAAUCGGGUCUACUUUCUCACUGGUCAGAUGAAGCAUUUGGUCUGGUGCCUGAAGAGCCCCUUGGAGACCCUGUCCAUCAUUCUCUGCCAGUUCACACCGUCAUACACGAACCACUUAUCCCAAAGUCAGAGCCUCUGGCAGCUCAAUCACCCGAACCUGAGUGGUACUUCAUUAUAUAAUUUAUGUUUUAAGCCCAUCCAAGUUCUCCUAGAGAGUGUUACAGCCACUCUGCAGACCCUUGAAUUACCAAACUGUGGACUAGAGGACUCCCACUUCAGUGCCCUUCUGCCUGUCCUGAGCUGGUGCUCCCAGCUCACCAAGGUCAGUUUCUAUGACAAUGACAUGUCCAUGCUCAUCCUUAAGGACCUUCUGCACCACACAGCCAACCUCAGCCAGCUGUACCCUGCCCCUUUGGAAUGCUAUGACUAUGGUCAGCUUGCUCAAGUUUGUUCUCCACUCAUGAAAACACUUAAGGGCCAUAAGGCAGCCCAAGAAGGUCAACUUUGCUACUAA